GUCACCUUUUAAAUAAAGUGCUCACUGCUCACCAUCAUCUUCAGACUUCAGUACGUAUCAGCUGAUCGCCCUCAUCUUUCUUCAAUUUUGCUCCUUUCUGGAGUUUGCAUUGUGAAAGAAAUGGCGACAAGGGCUCGACGGAAGCAUAUGAGGUGGUGCGUGCAGCCAUUGACCCCUCUAAUGGAAGGACCUGAUCAUCUCGAAAUGCAAGAUGAAGGGUCCAAAAAGGAGAGUUCGUGGGAAGUAAUUAGGGAAUGGUUUCGGAUACAGAAAAACAUAGCUGCUGGAAGUAGCUUUACAAUGUCAACACUAGUCUACGGGGGUACUAAUACUAUUCCUGCAAAGAGGCAGGAUUUGAGGCUUUUGCUUGGUGUGCUGGGUUGCCCACUCGCCCCCAUCCCUCUACUAGUGCUCAACAACCCACUUCACCGUCGUCUUCACAUCAAGGACGUUCCCAUUGAGAAUUCUGCGGCAUAUUAUAUAAUACAGCAAUAUUUGGCAGCAACUGGGUGUUUAAAGCAGCAGCAAAAAUGCACGAAAAAUAUGUACACGGCAGGGGUAGUGAAGAUGAUAUGUUGCCCCACCGAGGUUUCAUCAGGGAAGAACGUGAGGAGCAUGAGAGGUAGAAGCAGUGGCGACAAUGGAUGCUUCGUUCUAUGGCAGAUGUCGCCAGGGAUGUGGUCACUGGAGCUGGUGGUUGGUGGUAACAAGGUCCUUGCCGGUAGCGAUGGCAAGAUCGUCUGGAGACAUACUCCUUGGCUUGGCACUCACUCUCCCAAAGGUCCCCAACGUCCCUUGCGUCGUAUCAUCCAGGGCUUAGAUCCGAAGAGCACAGCAAGCUUGUUUGGCAAAGCACAAUGCCUAGGAGAGAAACGAAUCGGAGAUGAUGAUUGCUUCGUGUUGAAAGUGGCAGCAGAUCGUGCAGCCGUGAUGGAAAGAAACGAGGGUCGGGCGGAAGUGGUAAGGCACGUACUGUAUGGAUACUUCAGCCAAAAGAGUGGGCUUCUCAUCUACAUGGAGGACUCUCACCUCACCAGAGUGCUGCAGGCACCUCCUAAUUCUGAGAAUGAUCAAGACUUAGACACAGUCGUCUACUGGGAGACAACCAUAGGAACUAGUAUCCAAGACUACAGAGAUGUUGAGGGUAUAAUGAUCGCUCACCAAGGAAGGACGAUUGCAACUGUGUUCAGGUUUGGAGAGAUGUCAAUGGAAUACUGUAGGACUAGAAUGGAAGAAGCAUGGAGGAUCGAUGACGUCGUCUUCAAUGUACCUGGACUUUCUUUCGAUUCCUUCAUUCCUCCUGCUGACAUCUCUUCCGAGACCAUACAUUCCCCAUAGAUUCACUUGGCUUCACUUACUACUAUCUUUUAAUCACUUUUCCUGUCUUAAUUUGUCUUUCCUUUCCUAUCUAUUCUAACUCCCUGUUCGAUCGUCAAUUGAUUUAUCUAUAUAUGUGUAAUACUCAAACUGGUUUCC